CGCCCCUGCAACGUGUAGGCCUCCGCUCCAUCACCGCCCCAUGGCUCCGUCGCCGCCCCAUCGCCCCGCCCCUCCCGGGAGCCCUGUCUUCUGCCCUGCGCUGAGUGUCCGCGUCGCACUCGCCGUAGUCGCGGGCACCCCGCUCGGCGUCGGUGCCUGAGGGAGGCCGCGAUGGCGGCCGAGGCCCUGGCGGCGGAGGCCGUGGCGUCGCGCCUGGAGCGGCAGGAGGAGGACAUCCGCCGGCUGUGGUCGGAGGUCCAGCGCCUGAGGGACGAGCAGCUGAACGCGCCCUGCAGCUGCCAGGCAGAGGGGCCGUGCCUCACGCGGGAGGUAGCGCAGCUCCGGGCCGAGAACCGCGACCUGCGCCACCGCCUGUGCAGCCUGCGGCUGUGCCUCGCCGAGGAGCGGAGCCGCCAGGUCACGCUGGAGGCCGGCGCACAGCCUCCUUCUAGUCAAAGCCAAGACAAGGACAUGAAAAAGAAGAAAACGAAGGAAAGCGAGGCUGACAGCGAGGUGAAACAUCAACCAAUUUUCAUAAAGGAAAGAUUGAAGCUUUUUGAAAUACUGAAGAAAGACCAUCAGCUCUUACUUGCCAUUUAUGGAAAAAAGGGGGAUACAAGCAAUAUCAUCACAGUAAGAGUGGCUGGUGGGCAAACAGUGCAAGGGGAAGUCUGGAAAACAACGCCUUACCAAGUGGCUGCUGAAAUUAGUCAGGAACUGGCUGAAAGCACAGUAAUAGCCAAAGUCAAUGGUGAGCUGUGGGACCUGGACCGCCCAUUGGAAGGGGACUCCUCUCUAGAGCUGCUUACAUUUGAUAAUGAGGAAGCUCAAGCUGUGUACUGGCACUCCAGUGCUCACAUUCUUGGGGAGGCCAUGGAGCUUUACUACGGAGGCCACCUGUGCUACGGUCCGCCCAUCGAAAAUGGGUUUUAUUAUGACAUGUUCAUUGAAGACAGAGCAGUGUCCAGCACAGAAUUGUCAGCCCUGGAGAAUAUAUGUAAAGCCAUCAUCAAAGAAAAGCAACCUUUUGAAAGACUAGAAGUCAGCAAGGAAAUCCUCCUCGAAAUGUUUAAGUGCAAUAAAUUUAAAUGCCGCAUUCUGAAUGAGAAGGUUCACACUGCAGCCACCACCGUGUACAGGUGCGGUCCAUUAAUUGACCUUUGCAAAGGUCCACAUGUAAGACACACUGGAAAAAUUAAAACCAUCAAAAUUUUUAAGAAUUCCUCAACAUAUUGGGAGGGCAAUCCUGAAAUGGAAACGUUGCAGAGGAUCUAUGGAAUAUCCUUUCCUGAUAACAAGAUGAUGAGAAACUGGGAAAAGUCCCAAGAGGAAGCAAAGAACCGAGAUCACAGGAAGAUCGGGAAGGAACAAGAGCUUUUCUUUUUCCAUGAUUUGAGUCCUGGGAGCUGUUUUUUCCUUCCCAGAGGAGCCUUCAUUUAUAAUACACUUACGGAUUUCAUACGAGUAAGUUAACUUUAAAAUGUUUUA